AUGCCUACGCUGAAGCGCCGUCUGAGCGCGCACGACUCGCCAGACGCGCACCGCUCGCCCGACCACCGCGCCGACGCCGUCGUCCUUCGAGGCGCGUCGCCGUCGAGCAACAAGCGAGUUCGCCGCGACGACAUCGAGCAGGACAGCUCGCCUGCGACCUGGGUGGCACCCUGGGGCGCUUUCUUCACGCAGGGCGUUGACCUGAUCAAGGUGGCGGCGAAAUCAGCCUUCAACCUCGCUACUACAUCCACCAGCCUCCCACACCCCGACCCACGAGCUCCCCGCCGUCUUUCAGCCCCCACCACCAACGGCAUCUCUCCCCUCUCGCGCCGCGAGCUCAAGCAGCUCAGGCAGGAGCACAAGCAGAUCAAAGAAGAGCUCGUCUGGUACAGGAUGGAAGCGCGAGCGCAGGGCGGCGAGGUCUCGAAGGACUCUCCUCAGGUGUUCGACCUCGAACAGCGGCUGAAGGCGCUCAAGCUGAAGAUCGAGGGUGCACAGCGAGCGAAGCACAGUCAACUUGCGGCGAAUGGAGGGUUCUUCGGGACGGAUGCGAGUCCUGCGCGAAUGGCGGGAGGGUCGAACGGCUUGCUGAACGGAGCGCCGGGAACGUCAGGUCUACUGGGAGGGUAUCAGCGCAAGAAGCCGAUGGGGAGCGACAAGAAACGCAUCUCCUCCUUCUCGACAACUCUGGAAACACUACCUCGUUCUCGAAUCAAACCGCGCCCGCCAUCGCCCUCCGACUUUGUCGUCCCUACUCUUCAUGCCAAUCUCCUAUCGCCCACACCCGAACCGGCUGGACCUUCGGAUAACCCUCGUCCACCCUGGGCGCCGACCUGGGAUCCGGCACUUUCUCCUCCACUUCCUUCGAUCCCCUCGACGUUCCUUGUACCGCAUCACUCCACCGUCUCGUCUCCGUCCGAAUCGCCGGCCGAAACGACCGACUCGUCCUUCUCUCGCCGACUCUUCCGCCAAUCAUCACCUGAACUUCCUUUUCUCGUCGAACCGUCUUCCCGCAUCACCUCGACUCGAACGAAACAGCACAAGGCAGACCUCGCGAACCGAGACCGCGCAACGGUCGAAGAAUUGCGACGAGACGCCCAGCUGCGGAAGGCCGCUUCGACGAACGACGUGCGAACGCGGUAUCGUGGGCUCGACUUUGACGUGGACGAUGAGGAAGAGGCGCCGGAGGCGGAGGAUGCGUUGGAGGAACGGGUGUAUAGGCAGAAGAACGAGCAGAUGCUGAAGCAGGAGGAUGCGAAACUCGGCUCGAAGCACAUCAAGCUGCAUCGCGCACGAGCCGGCGAAACCGCUAUGCAGCAUCGCAUACCCCUCACAACCAGCUCGCUCGUCCGCCCUUCCGCCCUCGACCGCUCCCUCUUCUUCCCCGGUCCCUCCGCCUACCCGACCAAGAACGGUGUCGUCCCCUCGACUCAGCUCGGACGGUCUGCCUCGUCCUUUCGUCUCGAGCAUACGCUGCGGCAGGCGAAGAAGACGAUGGCUGAGCCGACGAGGGAGGCGUUGGAGAAGUACGAGCAGAUGCAGAAGGAACUCAAGGAGCUGGAUGAGAAGGCUGAGCUGGAGCUGGAGGUUGUCAAGCUGCAGAAGCGACAGUUCCCGAAAGCGCUUUCGGCGGAGCACCAGGCGCGCGCCAAGGCCAUCUUCGCGAACAGGGCGUACGACGUCUCGAUGAAGGGCGGGUCCGCCGCACACCGCGACAUCAUCCGCCUCAAAGACCGCACCUGGCUCAACGACGAGAUCGUCAACUUCUACGGCGCGAUGAUCAAUGCCCGGAGCGACGAGGCGGAUAAGCGCGAGGCGAAGGAGGGGCCGAAGGCGAGAGGCGAGGGCGUGAAGAGACUGCGCAAGGCGUUCUGCUUCAACACGCACUUCUGGAAUAUGUUCGGCGACCACGGCUUUUCGCGGGUCAAGCGGUGGACCAAGCGGUUCGACACGUUCGAGAAGGACAUUAUCAUCGUUCCCAUUAACCACAACAACUCGCACUGGGUCUGCGCGGCCGUCAACAUCGCUCUCAAACGCUUCGAGUACUACGACUCGCUCGGCAACCCUAGCGCUUUUGUCUACGACCGCUUGCGCCGAUGGCUUGCCGAGGAGCACAAGUCGAAGAAGGGCGGGAAGGAGAUUGACCUCAGCGAAUGGGAGAACUUCUGGAUGACUGACGUUCCGCUGCAGGCGAACGCCGACGAUUGCGGUGUCUUCACCUGCAUGUUCAUGGAGUCGCUCUCGCGCGACGUCGACGGGUUCGACUUUGAGCAGAAGAAUAUGCCCUAUCUCCGCCACCGCAUCGCCAUCGAGAUCGACCAGCAGAAGCUCCUCGACCUCGAACCAUGGGCUUGA